GACAGGACCUUGACUCAGUCGCCAGUCGCCAGUUGACCAACAGCUUGCAUUUUGGACUAAAGGAGAACAGCAUGUCCAGCGUUGCCUCUCGCCUUUAUUUCUUAGCUGCCAAUGAAGGGGCUGUUAAGGCAGCGCGUGUGUUUUCAAGGAGAACGAUCGCUCCAUCGCGUACGGUAUUCACAUAUGCUGGUCUGCGGUCUCUGACACGUUAUGACGAGUCAGGAAAAUCUAUGGACUGGCAGAAGAAGCUGACCCCGGAGCAGUAUGUAGUGACCAGGGAGAGGAGCACCGAAAUACCCUUCAGUGGAAUAUAUCUGAACCACAGUGAAGAAGGCAUGUACCACUGUGUCUGCUGCGACACGCCCCUAUUUAACUCGGAAUCAAAGUUUGACUCGGGGACAGGGUGGCCGUCCUUCUAUGAGGCUCACGGCACUUGGGAACGGGAUGAGAGCCAUGCCAACAUCCUGAGGCGCCCGGAUUGCUCUCUGGGCAGCAUGGGCACAGAAGUCAUAUGCAAACAGUGUGAUGCUCACCUGGGUCACGUGUUUGACGAUGGUCCUGAUCCGACUGGCCAUCGCUUCUGUAUCAACAGUGUUGCCCUGAGCUUCAAACCCCGAGUCAAGUAAUGCACUGGGGGAAAAAAACAUUAAUUUGUUAUCUUUGCUUCAGUUUGCAUGUUUUCACUAUGCUGCAUGCUAGGUCUUCUCCAUUUUCCUCAAAAGUCCAAAGACUUGUAGGUGGGUGAGUUGGUGUCUCUAGUUUCUGUGUGUGUGUGUGUGUGUGUGUGUGUGUGUGUGUGUGUGUGGCAUCCCAUCCUAGCUGUUUCCUACCCUGUGCCCCGUCUUUCUUUGGUUCGUCUCCCCUGACCCUGUAGGCCAGUAGUCACCAACCAGUCGAUGGUGAUUAGGGUGACCACCUAAUCCAUGUCGGGGAGACACUGAGCUGGGACAGGGUUUGUAAACUACCAUCUCCAUUAAAAACACCUGGAUUUCACUUUAGCACUAACUUCUUGCUGUGUGGUGAUUGGUCAGUCUCAUGUAAUCAUGCCUGUGUCACUAAUGCAGUGAAAUCCAGUGAAACAGCAGGAUGAGUCUUUCAAUCAAGGAAAUAAACAAGUCAAAGCAGAAGAGGAACUGAUUACUCUGUUUAACCAAGCACAGGAGUCUUUCAGUUUUGAAGUAGUUUGGAAAACCUGAAGUAGCUCAUAGCAUCCUCCUGACAUGGAGUAGGUGGUCACCUUAACUGCGACUGACAGGUCGAUCUUGAAGACAUUCCUAGUCGAUUGCGACAAUCAGACUCCUCCCUUUCCACGGUUGGUAAAAUAUAAGCGUCGUGACUCCAUAGCUCCCCAGAUUGUUAUCUUUGUAAAAAUAAUUCCCACUGUAAAAAAAAGAAGGUGGAUGGAUGGACAGAUGGAUGGAAGGAAAGCUUUAAAUUUCCUCUGGUGGCCUGACUAGCACAUGAAGAAUGGAAAUCUAAUUAUUUUUGAUCUGUAUACAUGUUUUAUUUUUCACAGUGGUCUAGAACAAACAGAAGAAUGGAACAAUGUGGGGCCUAUUUUAUGUUUAACAUAGAGCUGGAUAGAUUUGCCAUAGAACUUUGACCAAAUUGGCCAGAAGGUGAAGCAGCACAUUAAAAUGACAGUUAAUUUGUACACGUGGCAAAUUGUAAAAUACCAAAUUAACCAAAUGUGCAGCUUGCAUUUACUUUGUUUACCUUGGUGAGGGCUUUGUAGUUUCACUGUUAAGAAAUUAUAAUUUAGUAGCUAUGGAUAAACUGUGUUAAUGUAGAAAGGCAGAUCGUAUAUAUUUUAUUGAGCUUUUGAAUUAAUGAAUACGAAUAACAUGAAAUGUUGUGAUUAACAAAUAGGGUCACAUGUUUAACAAUGCAAACAUAUGCGUAUAUAUUUGUGUUGCAGAUACACAAUAUGGACAAAAGUAUUGGGACACCUGGCCAUUACACCUACAGGAACUUUUAUGACAUCCCAUUCUAAAUCCAUUGGCAUCAACAUGGAGUUGGGCCCCCCUUUGUAACUAUAACAGCUGUCACUCUUCUGGGAAGGUCCACAAGUUUAUGGAAUGUGUCUGUGGGAAUUCCUGCCCAUUCAGCCAGAAGAGUUUUUGUGCAGUCAGACCCUGAUUUGGAUAUGAAGGUCUGGUUUGCAAUCUCUGUUCUAGUUAAUCCCAAAGGUGCUUCAUGGGGUUGAGGUCAGGGCUCUGUGUAGGCCAGUCAAGUUAUUCCACAUCAGACUCAGCCAACCAUCUCUUUAUGGACCUUGCUUUGUGCUCUGGGACAGUCAUGUUAGAACAGAAAAGGGCCUUCCCCAGACUGUUCCCACAAAGUUGGAAUCUCGUCACUGCACAGAACAUGUCUCCACUGCUCCACAGUCCAGUGGAAGUGUGUUUUACAACAGGGUUUCUCAAUCCAGUCCUCGGGGACCUCCAGACAGUCCACGUUUUUGCUCUCUCCCAAUUCCCUGGCAAAUUUCACAAACUGAUUUAUUGCAAAGGUGGCAUCCUAUGACAGCACCAUACUUGAUUUCACUGAACUAUUUAGAACAACCUAUUCUUUCAGAAAUGUUUGUAAACCUGACUGCAUGGCUAGGUGCUUGAUUUUAUAUACCUGUGGCAAUGGGUCUGAAUGAAUCACCUUAAUUCAGUGAUUAAGAGGUGUGUCCCAAUACUUAUGUCCAUAUAGUCUAUGUGACUUGCAUGUCAAUUCUAAUAAAAUAAUACAGCAUAAUAACCAAA